AUGGAAUGCCAUCGUGUAUCCAGUCCACCCACCCCACGCCCCCGGCCUCCCCCCCUCCACAUCCUCCGCUAUCUCCUCCUCCAUACGCGUAAGAGCGAUGGAGCGGCACCACCACCAGCGCACACUCGCCCCUCUCACUUCGUUAGCUUCGCCACCACCGUCACGCACACAAUCAUGAAGUCAUUCUUUUCCAAAAUCACGUCGAAGCUGAAGACGAGGCGGAAGCCGCUGGCGCCGUGCGACUGCUCCGACUUCAUAGAGGCCGCGCCAGCACAGCCAUCCCUGACGCACCUGCGCGGCGUCGUCGCGGCCCGUCACUUUCAUGGCGCCUCGCCGCCGGUCUCCGACAUGGAGAAAGCGCGGCGCGACUUCGUCGUUCGCAGUACCGUGUUCGAUCUGCAGUACCGGUGCGGUGCCGGUGGGCGGUGCACAUGCACUGGCGCGCCGGCGUGUCGCUUCCCACAGUGCUUCACUAUGCGGCCAGUGACGAAGGGGGCCGAGGUGCUGGCGGAGCGCCAGGUGUACGAGGUCGAGGACGCCCCGACGCCGGAGAUACGUGCCUUGGUGGCCCUGGCUGCCGAAGAGAAGCUCGAAGAGGUGGUGAAGGGCAUCCAGCACACCGUCGACGCGCACCUGAAGGCGGCUGCUCGUGGGCGCGGCCUUGAGGCACGCUUUAUCAUUGACGGCUCCGACGGUCAUGAGUUCACGCCGGCCACGCCGAAGACCGGCGCCGACAGCGUCCACGCCGGCACCAACCCGCUCCGCGAGGACGAAGAUCUGCGGGAGGAGAUCACCUCCCUGUACCUCUGGCGCGCUGCCCUGCUGGUCAACCUGCGCCGCGACGAGCAGGCCGUGUCCUCGCUGCUCAACCUUGCCUUUGCGGUGGAGCAGAAGGACCGCACGCGGCUCUACGGCGCCGCCGCUGCGUGGGCAGUGCUGAACGACAUGGAGAUCGUCUACUACCGAAGCCUUGUCAAGAGUUGCAAGCCCUUCGAUCAUGCCGUGCACUUCGCGACGGAGCGGCCGCUGCUGCUGGCACGCGUGUUCGAGGCGACCAGAGGCGACGACUACCACACGGACUACUGCACCCACGUCGUCUUCUCCAAGGAGGUGACGGCGGCGGUGACUCGGGCGCAGACGGCGCAGAUGCACGGCGACUUCACCGAGGACCCCAUGCGCAGCCUAUGUCUGCCGCUCACCAUGCCGUAUUACCGCUUUCGCGUGGACGAAGAGUUCUGGAAGCGCUUCUACGCGCUGCUCUGCAUGCCGCCGGUGCCUCCGCCAACGCCGGAGGAGACGAAGGCGCAGGCGAUCGACCCAGCUGCGGAGCUUGGCCUGACGCCCAACUACAUCCUCGACGCCGUGGGCCGCAGCAUGAUGCUGCACCACCUCGUCACGUUCGCCGACGUGCGCGACAAAGAGAUUGACACCGGCGUCGUUGUGGAUCGCGUGAAGGAGAUGAAGCUUCUCGACCUGCAGCCGCACCCGUCCGACUACGCCCCGGUACUGACCACUAGCGAGAUGCACGUCGCGGUGACCCGGAUGAAGGAGCUGCUCGUCGUUGUCCGCUCCUUCGAAGCCAAAGAGCAGGAGCGGCUCUCCGGCGCAGCGGCGCAGCAACGUCUGCAGCGUGCGCAGAGCGGCAACGACGCAGCCCCACCAGUACCGUCGCCCAUAGAAAAGUAA